ACCAGUUCAAGGUCGUAAAGCAUAAACCGAUUUAGUCUUUCGACUAAGGAAUUUACGUCGUUUGUAAUUAUUGUGGAGAAAAUUUAUCCAAAAUGCCGGCCAUUCUGUUGGAGAGAAUUCCACUACCGAGUCUUCAGUUUUACACGUCGUUCACCGUUCUCCUCCUGGCGUCGGCCAUAUUUUACGCACACCAGAGUGUCACAGACGUCGGCGAGACUCCUCCGACAGCGACGACAGAGCCGGAGAUAACGAGUAAUGACGUGGAUGUGUCGAUCACUCCGGGUCAGAUGUUGAACCACACACUGCCCUACGACACCUACCACUGGAACUUCCUCUUUGUUCUCACAACAGAGACGUGGUGUGUGUGGAUUCUGGUGAACACUGCUUACUGUGGCCUAAUCCUGGUGGGGAAGGUGAUACAGCAACUCGUCUUUGGUGAUCUGCGAGUCAGUGAACAGCAGCACCUGAAGGACAAGUUCUGGAACUUUGUCUUCUACAAGUUCAUCUUCAUCUUCGGAGUGAUGAACGUUCAGACGAUGGAGGAGGUCGUGCUGUGGGUCGCCUGGUUCUCCGUCCUCGGCUUCUUCCACCUCCUCACGCAGCUCUGCAAGGACCGCUUCGAAUACCUGUCGUUCUCCCCGAUGACCCCGCGGUCGGCUCACAUCAAGCUGCUCUCUCUCCUGUUUGUCAUCCUGUUCUCGUGUGCCGGUCUACUUGUAGUGUGUAUCUACACCGGGCUGGAGGCGGGACUAACGAUUCUCGCGUUCAUGGGUGCAGAGUGCCUGUUGCUUGGACUGCGGACAUUGUACGUUCUUGUUAGGUAUUUCAUCCACCUGUGGGACAUGAGUAAGGAGGGCGUGUGGGAGAACCGGUCUAUAUAUGUCUACUACACGGAGCUCGUGUUUGAACUAGCCGCUCUCGCCAUCGACUUCUGUCACCACCUGCACAUGCUGCUGUGGGGUAACAUCUUCCUGAGCAUGGCAAGUCUCGUGAUCUGUAUGCAGCUGCGUUACCUGUUUUAUGAGUUCCAGCGGCGUGUCAAGCGGCACAAGAAUUACCUGCGAGUCGUCAAGAAUGUCGAAGCCAAGUUUCCAAUGGCCAUGCAGGAGGAUAUUGAGAAGAAUGCCGAUGACUGCGCCAUCUGUUGGGAGAGAAUGGAAUCCGCUCGCAAACUGCCGUGUAGUCAUCUGUUCCACAACUCGUGUCUGAGAUCGUGGUUGGAACAGGAUACGUCCUGUCCCACGUGUCGGAUGUCACUGAGUGACGAGCCGAGCAGGGCAGACCCCGCCACACCGGACGGUGGGGACAACAUACCGCCACCCCCCGCCCCACCCAACCAGGAAACUGUCAACCAUUUCUUUCACUUCGACGGUUCCAGAUACGUCAGUUGGUUGCCGAGUUUCUCCGUCGAGGUGACACACACAAACCUGUUACCAGGGCAACAGACACACAUCCAGACAUCUCAGCUCGAUAACAUGGCGCGCCAGGUUCAGCAGGUAUUUCCCAGUAUGCCGCUGACCACAAUCCUCGAUGACCUCCGAGUGACUAGGUCGGUUGAUCUCACCAUCGACAGCAUACUUGACGGGCGGCUACUCGCACCACCGGCAACCAUGAACCGGCCAGUGGCUAGAGAUGAAGAGUUUGAUAGCAGUGGAGCAGCACACAGUUUACAAGUCCAGGAGAUACAUCUGCCAACCACCGUGUCUAGGACAGGAGCUAUGGGUCUCCGCAGUCACAUGGCUGAAAACACUGACACUGAAAUACACCACAGAGACCUAGAGGUAGCGCCCUCUACAUCAGGAACCAGUAACAUUGUCAGAAAUCUGCCGUCGGCGAGUAGUGCCCAGGCGGAAAGUGAUGAUCAUCCGUCUCCGUUUGGUGGGCGUUUCUCAAAGUCUGCUACAGAGCGAAUGACCAUGUUACAGCAGAGGAAAAACGCAAUGCUGGAACAUGCCAGAAGGAAAUAUUUCAGUAAAGACAAGAGUCAACUGGACAGUGAACCGAGGGACGACUUGUCAUCGACACAGUUCACGUUGCUGUCAGACGAGUCAUCGGACACUAACAGCGAUCGAUCGCGACAGCGCGAGGUCAUGUUUCAAGCCGUGCAGCGCCGUCUACAACAACCACCUUCCACAGAAAGCUGAUAGAACAUUGACAGUCUUGUCACGGCAUGCACUUAUUUAUUUAUAAUUCACAGGAUCUGUGUUGGACCCACAGACAGGCAGAUAGAUUGUUUAAUGGCAAGUGAUUAUUUAUAAAUCACAGUAUCUGUGUUUCACCCACAGACAGGCUGAAAGAUUGUUUUACAGCAUGUGAUUAUUUAUAAAUCACGGUAUCUGUGUUUGACCCACAGACAGGCUGAAAGAUUGUUUUACAGCAUGCGAUUAUUUAUAAAUCACGGUAUCAGUGUUUGACCCACAGACAGGCUGAAAGAUUGUUUUACAGCAUGCGAUUAUUUAUAAAUUAAAGUAUCUGUGUUUGACUCACAGACAGGCUGAAAGAUUGUUUUACAGCAUGUGAUUAUUUAUAAAUCACAGGAUCUGUGUUUGAACCACAGGCAGGCUUAUAGACUGUUCACGGCAUGCAGUUAUUUAUAUAUCGCAAUAUCAGUGUGUUUCGACCCACAGACAACUGAAAGAUUGUUCAUGACAUGCAGUUUACUUGUAUAUUACAAUAUCGGUGCAUGUUCUUGCUUCAGACAGUUGAUAGUUUGCUAACAGCAUGCAGUUAUUUGUUGUACAUCACAAUAUUACGCUUGUGGAGGCCUUGGAUGACAGAUGACCGAUUAAUACUGACAGCAUGCUAUUAUUUAUAUAUCACAGUAUCGGUGUGUUCGGGACUGUUUAUUGUAUUUAUACACAGACCGUGUGUCCUGGACACCGACAGUGUGCUGUGAGGGGUCCUUUAUUUAACAAACGAGACGGAGGUAUAAAGGCAUGAAGAAGAACAGCUGUGUCGAACUGGAUGUAUUACGUUCUGUGUUGUACAUCGAUUAGUCUUCAAUAGGAUCAAAACAAACCAGUUAUAAACCCUUGCCCUCCGUUUCAUCCUCUUCCCACUCCCCCAUUAUCUCUCUCUCUCUCGCCCCUCCCCAUCUGUCUGUGUAUUAUGUAUGAUAAUAUAUGUGCUUUUAAAAAAAAAACUUUUCACUUUAAUGUUCCAGUGUAUCACUGGUUAAUUGUACAGUCUGGAUUCUUUUAAACAGAUGAUGUAGGUGGUCUUUAUAUACACUGUAAGUCAUGCGUUAUUUUGUAUGCAGUUGGUUCAUCUGAACUUUCUUGUUUCAAGGCACACCAAACCAAAUUUUAUUACAUUUGUUUACCUUAGUUUAAUACCCAGUGGUCGUUAGAAAGAGAUGUUCAAAUACCAUGUAUUCCAGGGUAAUUAUAAAUUAGUUUGUUUAAAAUCAAUUCAGUAUUUCGAUUAAAAAACAAAACAACACAACUAAUGUUAAACACCAAACCAAAUUUCAAUACAUUUGCCUACCUUGUUUCAAUAACCAGUGGUCGUUAGAGCGAGAGAUGUUCAAAUACCACGUACUCUAGGGUAAUUAGAAUAAAUUUGGAUAAUUUAUUGCUUCUCAAAAUUUAAUCUGGCAGCAAAUGCUAGACAUCAGAGGCCUAAUUCACAAAGGUCUCUUAGGCUCUGCUAGACGACAAAGCAUCCUCUGCAAGUCUUUUUGCAAUGCACUGCGAUAUCGCACCCUGGGCCCCAUUCCACAUAGCGAUCUUAACACUAAGAUCACCUUAAUUUCAUAACUACCGUAUGCACUUAAGAUGAUCUUAGUGCUAAGAUUGCUUCGUGGAACAUUUAAGGGGCAGUUCUAAAACAAUUCUCAAUAUGUUUCUCCCGAUUAGACAAUUACUCUGGGAGUGACUUUUUAACAGCAAUGCAAAGACAGACGAAAAUGAUGAAUUCUCUAUAUAUAUAUCUGGAAUACUGUAUAGUUAAAAAAAGAAAGAAAAUGGAUAGCAGAAGUUGCUUAUGAAACUUAUUAUCUAAAAGCAUAUUGAAUGUUUUCAAUGGCAUUUUCUGCUUUCCCUCUGUUAACUUUUGAGUCUUGCAUGAGAUGUUCUUUAUUGUUAAAUAACUACUGUGCAAUGUAUUCGUUAUAAUGGAUGAACAAAUUAGACGACCUUUGUGGACUCAAUAAUGUGCUUGUUAUAGCCAGAGAUCAGCCCUGGUUCUUAUAAAACUGUUAUGACUCGAGACUGCAGUAGAGUCUCAGACACUAAUGUCAUGACAAUGCCAUACAAAUUGUAUGCGUGUGACUUCAUUAGAGAUUGAGUCUGGACUCUUUAGAAGUUGUAUAAGCACGGGUCCGUUUUGGUCAGGUGUGUUCUACAGUGAGUUUGGUUGUCUGCUAGAUGUGUAGACUGGUUUUCUGACAGUAUGCUCAACAUUCUCGGCUGGUCCUGAGGUUAGAACAUUUCUUUCACAAAUUGAAAAAACUUAUUAAUGUUUGUUACUUCUCAACAAAAGUUAUAUUUUUUUAAUUUACAUUUGUAUAUUAUUUGUAUAUAUAAAUAUUAUGAAAUAAUUGAACAGUGUUUUUACAAGUGUGUCAAGUCCACGAGGAGUGAAUUUGAGAACAACUGUGUGUUUUGUUUUCAACUAUUAUAGCUUCAUUUCUAUAUAUCACUGGUUUAUUUGAACCGUAUAAGAGGCAAAGCUAGCUCUGGCACUUGCAAAAUUCGCCAGUCGCGAAUUUCAAAAACAACUGGCAUGGGAAAAAAUCAUUUGGCGAAUAAUUUCAUGUAAUAAUUGAUAUUUUGAUACAAAAUAACGGGUGUUUUGCAAUUUUUGAAGUUUAACAGAUAAUUUGGCGAAAUAUUCCGCUGGCCCAGAGCUAGCCCGAGAGACUUUUAUCCAUUUUGGAAUAACCACUGUGUAUGUACCUUGCAUAGUAUACUGUGAAAUCCGCUAUUCUGUGCUUUUGCUAAAAUACACUUUUUUUAAUUACUUAAUUAAAUUCAUGGAUCAAAACGCUAGUAUCAUAAAUUCAUAUUAAAUUAUGUAAACAUGUAUCAUAUUUUUGUUGUGCACAUAAAUUUGUUUAGUGCACUAGUCCGUAAAUUACACAGAAAUUAAACCACAUAUAAAACGGAUAUCAGUCUGAAACCAGCAUUGAUGGUUAUCUUCGUUUUCCUAUGUUUUGGACUUGCUGUUUAAACACUUUUAAAUGUAUCACUAGUAUGGAGUUUUAUUGUAUAUAUUGUAUAUUGGAUAAGCUAUACACCAAACCCUCAACCUUUCUAUAUGAAUUUGUAUCAUAUAUUUUAUGGCUUUUUACCGUGUGUGUUAAGCCGACUUUCUGUCGAUACAGUUCGUUACUGUGCACCUUUUUAUUGGAGUGUAUUUUAAUCCAUUGAGGUCCUUAAUCAGCAGUUUGUAAAUUUGUGCUAAAAAGUACUAGCCAGUUUCAUAUUACACUUUGCAACAAAAAAAAAGAGCAAAUGUAGAUUCAUUAAGACAGGUUGACAAAUGUUUCGCAAAAUUUACGUGCCAAAAUCCACUUUAGUUACUUGUUAGGCAAACCACAGUUUAAACACAGCUGUUAUGUUAUCUGUUACAUUUCACAUUUUCAGCGCUGCCACUUUAUACGUUUUUAAAUGUAUUAUAUGUUUUUCUUGGAAAUAUACUUUUAAAAUACUUUUUUGACAUGAAAAUACCUUUUUUUUAAUACGUUUUUUUCUGCAAAAAAUAACGUAAGAAAAUCCAAUUUCAAAUUUGACAUUUGUAAGAUUUGUACUUUGCUAGUCUGAUUUUUUUGGCGGAGUGGUUUGUUCUUUGUUGAGUGGAGCGUUUGUAGAGAUCUCUGAUCCUGCUGCUCUCAGUGACCAAGUGACAGGGUACUGAAAUAUGCAGAAUAGAGUGUUCAACAAUCACAAAUCCUCACAACAUGGUACACACCAUUCCUUUAGGUUGGUUAUAAGCACCAAACAUUAGGACAAAGGUACUGAAUGUCAUAUGUCUGCCCAACGUGGCAAGUUGGACAUUUUUUAAAACUUUUUUGUUUUUUUCCCACAAGAUUCCAUACUGCAUCUUACAACUGGUAAUAUAAAUGGUAUCUAAUGGCCACUGAUGUAGUAUUCUGUUUAUACCACCUCCCCGCGGUGUUGAAUUUCAGAGAAGUACCAUACUGUCCUUCUGUUGUAAGACAGCUGGAUAUGUUUUUAUUACAAUUUAAAAUAUUUUUUUUUAUCUCAGGCUUUAUUAAAAAUGUGAUAGAUUAUGUUAAAAGUACUGGUACUGUUUGUUUCAUAUUCAUCUUGUUGUGGUCUUUUCCUGUGCUGUGUAAUCACUUAAAGAUGUUAAUGAAAAAACCACAGGUUUGCGAAAACUGUACCAUAGAUGUUUUGGGUUUUGAGUUUUUUUGCAUUAGUUAAAGAUAUAAGAUGGAUAAGAUAGACAGACUAGCUUUAACCAGUGUGGCAGUGGCUGGGGAUGGCUGUGUCACUUCAGGAAAAAUGUGUUUUUUGUAUACUCCAUACAAAUAAAGAUACAAAUCUGCCUUGUACCUCACACACACAAAAAUUGUGCCCCCUCUUCCCUCCCCCCAUUCACGCACCAGUGUUUUGUUUAACAACACCACUAGAGCACAUUGAUUUAUUAAUCAUCGGCUAUUGGAUGUAAAACAUUUGGUAAUUCUGACAUAGUUUUAAAGAGAAAAAACUCAUUUUUGUCAUUAGUUAGCAAGGGAUGUUUCACAAAGACUAGUUUUACUACAUUUUGCCAUAUGCUUGCCGCCGGUUACAUUAUAGAGCUAUGAGACAUGGUGGGAAAACAAGUCGAAUAUGUAAAAUGCAAUACAAUGGCAUGAUUUGGCAUCUUUGUUCAGUGCUGGAAUUAUUUUAUGCCUCACUCUUAUCAUCAUCUAGUGUAAGUGUCGAGUACCCGGGUCCGGGUAGAGUUUGAUCCUCGAGUACCCGGGUCCGGGUAGAGUUUGAUCCUAGAGUACUCAAGUCCAAUAUUUUAGACUCGCGGAUGCCCUACUGUUCAUUGUUAAUAAAUAAAUCUUCCGUAGUUUUGAAAAUCAGCAAUAUCUUGGUCAGUUACUUCUAUAUUAUCACUGGUGAUCACUGGUAAUAAUAAACUGGUUUAAUAUCCAGGGUCAUGGUAUAUGUCAUCAUGUCGAUGGAAUAUACAUGUACAUGUGUAUUUGUACAAAUUCUCUCGCACUUCAAAUAUGUACUGUACAUAUAUAAUAAAAAAAACAUAUGGUAAAAUUUAUAUAUUAUUUCUGCAUAUUCAAGUUGUAAAAACUCACAAACAAGGGUAGACCUGUAGUACAAUGUACCUGUUGUUUGAAUGUACCGGUAAUCACAUGAGAUCUUUUUUUAAUGUCUGUUAAUAAAGGUGUUGGUUUUUUCUUUUAGCUCCAUUAGCAUCUAUUCUGCUACUACUUAUCCAUCUGGUAAUUUGUAUACCCCUUAUCCCAAUAUAAUGUUAGUAACACAAAGGCCAAUCACACCUUUAAUAUUAUACAAUAUUCAUGUUAACACACAAUCGUCUUUCACCGUUCCUGUAAUGAACAAUGUUACAUUAUUGUUUUCCGUUUGCAAUUUCAAAAAUUCAUUUUAUGUUCUGAACAGUUAAAAACAUGCCAGUUUUAUCAGUCAUUUAAAACAAAUGUAUUGUAAACAAUUAUUCUUUUUUUCCCCCAUAAUUACUUUUCAUUAAAGAUUAAUACAACCCCGAGUAAUCUCAAAUAGUAGCCUGUUGAUUUUUGUUUCUAAUAAACUGGCUGCCACAAAUACUCAAUCUCACAAAGUAAUUGCUUGAAAUGGCAUAGUAAAACUGAAAAAAAAAGUAAUUAUAUUAUAUAUACCCCGGUAUAUAUGUAAUUAUAUUAUAUAUAUAUAUAUAUAUACAUAUAUACAAUGUAUAUUGCCAUUAAUAAAUUGUACAAUUUUGUUAAUGUAAAUACUGAUUGUGAGAACAAUGUUAAAACGUGAAUCAUGAAUUGUGAAAUCUGUUGUUCAGUUUGUACAGUGUAUUACUUGAAUUGAUAGAACUCUAUCACCACAGGUAAGGAGGGUGUAACACAAUGUUUCUACCGUUAAUAAAAUGGUUGUAUGUA